AUGGUGAGUGUGCUGCCCCUUGGCGUGCGGAGACGGAGAGGAGAGGCUGGUUGGAACCGGCCGUGGCGGGACCCGGGCCUCCCCGCGGUCAACUCCCGAGUCUGCGGACCGAGUCCACCCCUGCGGCGCCGCUCAGACCUCAUUCCCUCCGGCUCGCAGCGUGGGGGCGGGGCCGGUAGCGGAGCCUGCGCGCGGCGACUGGGGCCCGGACCCCAGGGCUUCUCUGGGCAGCUCUGUACCCGCAGCCCCGCGUAUCCCUCAGAUUGUGCGGACUCAGUAGCUUUUGAGGAUGUGGCUGUGAACUUCACCCUGAAAGAGUGGGCUUUACUGGAUCCUUCACAGAAGAACUACAGAGAUGUGAUGCUGGAAAUCUUCUGGAACCUGGCCUCAAUAGGGAAAACAUGGGAAGAUCAUGUCAUUGAAGAUCAGUACAAAAACCAGGAGAGAAACAGAAGUCAUAUGGUUGAGGCACUCUGUGAAAAUAAAGAGGGUAGUCCAUGUGGAGAAAACUUCAGCCUUAUUCCAAAUCUCAGUCUGAACAAGAAAACUACUGGAGUAAAACCACAUGAAUGCGGUGCAUGUGAAAAAAUCUUUACAUGUCAUUCAUCCCUUAAUAGACAUAUGAGAUGUCACACUGAACACAAACCAUAUGAGUAUCAGAAAUAUGGAGAGAAGACGUAUAAAUGUAAGGCAUGUGGGAAAGCCUUUAGUUAUCUGUAGUGUUUUAAAAAACAUGAAAAUCACAAUGGAGAGAAAAUGUAUAAAUGUAAAGACUGUGGGAAAGCUUUUAUUAUGUGUCUCAAAACCCUUCGAAGACACGUGAUAACGCAUACUGGAGAUGCUCCUUAUAAAUGUAAGGAAUGUUGGAAAGCCCUCAGUUGUUCCAGUUUAAAAAUACAUGAAAGAAAUCACACUGGAGAGAAACCCUACAAAUGUAACGAAUGUGGUAAAGCUUUCAAUUCUCAUCUAGGUUUCAAAAUACAUGAAAGAAAUCACAGUGGCGAGAAAUCAUAUGAAUGUAAAAAACAUACCAAAGCAUUCAGCUGCCCCAGUUCUCUUCAAAGACAUGGAAGAAUUCAUACUGGAGAGAAACCCUAUCAAUGUAAGGCAUGUGGGAAAGCCUACAGAUACCAGAGUUCCUUACAUACACACAAGAGGACUCACAAAGGAGAGAAACCCUAUGAAUGUAAGCAGUGUGGGAAAGCCUUUCUCUUUCUAGCUUGAGCACACAUGAUCAUUCACAGUGGAGAUGGACCUUAUAAAUGUAAGGAAUGUGAGAAAACAUUCUUUUCUCCCAGUUCAUUUCAAAUACAAGAAAGGAGACACACUGGAGAGAAACCCUAUGAAUGUAAAAUAUGUGGUAAAGGCUUCAGUUGUUCCAGUUAUGUGCAAGUAAAUGAAAGAAUUCAUACUGGAGAGAAACCCUUUAAAUGUGAUAAAUGUGGGAAAGCCUUCAUUUAUCACACAAACUUUCAAAGACAUAUGAGACUUCACACUGGAGAGAAACCAGAUGUGAAGAAUGUGGGAAAGACUAGUGGUCCCAGUUCAUCCCAAAGGCAUGAAAGGAGUCACUGGAUACUCUUGAAUGUAAACAACAUGGGAAAGACUUCAUUUGACCCCAUCCCUACAUAUUAA